CCGCGCUUCGCCCCCCGCGCCCGCACCGGGGCCCCCGCCCAGCCCCGAGCCAUGCCGCGCUCCUUCCUGGUCAAGAAGAUCAAAGGCGACGGCUUCCAGUGCAGCGGGGUGCCGGCCCCCACCUACCACCCCUUGGAGACCGCCUACGUGCUGCCCGGCACCCGGGGGCCCCCCGGGGACGAUGGCUACGCCCCGCACUGCCUGCCGGCCAGCAGCUACGAUGCGGACCAGAAGCCGGGCCUGGAGCUGGCGCCCGCCGAGCCCGCCUACCCGCCAGCGGCGGCCGAGGAGUACAGCGACCCCGAGAGCCCGCAGUCCAGCCUGUCGGCGCGCUUCUUCCGCGGGGAGGCGGCCGUGACCGACAGCUACUCCAUGGACGCCUUCUUCAUCUCCGACGGGCGCUCGCGGCGGCGGCGGGGCGGCGGGGCCGGCGGCGGCGGCGGGGACGCGGCGGGCGGCGCGGGGGACGCGGCGGGCGGCGCGGGGGCGCGUGCGGGGCGCGCGGGGGCCCCGGGGACGGGCGGCGGGCACCGGCACGCGUGCGCCGAGUGCGGCAAGACCUACGCCACGUCGUCCAACCUGAGCCGCCACAAGCAGACGCACCGCAGCCUGGACAGCCAGCUGGCGCGCAAGUGCCCGACGUGCGGCAAGGCCUACGUGUCCAUGCCCGCGCUGGCCAUGCAUGUGCUCACGCACAACCUGCGCCACAAGUGCGGCGUGUGCGGCAAGGCCUUCUCGCGGCCCUGGCUGCUGCAGGGCCACAUGCGCUCGCACACGGGCGAGAAGCCCUUCGGCUGCGCGCACUGCGGCAAGGCCUUCGCCGACCGCUCCAACCUGCGCGCCCACAUGCAGACGCACUCGGCCUUCAAGCACUACCGCUGCCGCCAGUGCGACAAGAGCUUCGCGCUCAAGUCCUACCUCCACAAGCACUGCGAGGCGGCCUGCGUCAAGGGCGCCGAGCCGCCCCCGCCGCCCCCCGCCGGGCCCGCCAGCUGAGCCUGCCCGGCGGCCACCUCCGCGCCUCCCCGGGGAGGCCCGUCUCCUCGGCCGGCCGCCUCUCCUCUCCUCUCCUCUCCUCUCCCCGCGCGCCGCCUUCUUCCUCGGGGUGGGGAUGGGGAUCCGACCCCCGGCCCCGGAGCUUCGCCCGCCACUCGUCUCUUCCAUCGCCAUCGUCGUCUUCCCCCGGCACCCCU